CCCAUGGUCGUAAUACAGUGGUUCGUUCCAUGUUGAGGUGGCCCACGACGUGCAAGAUCGGUGUGCUUGCCAAGCACCUUCGGGAGUUUGAUCUUCGUAUAAAGUCUUUCGCAGCCAGCCUCACCAGCUCCGAAAAGUGCUUGACACAGCCAAGCUUUUCAAGUCACAUCCACCUCUGACACAAUGAAAAAUAUCUUGUCCUACUUCUUGAUGGCGAUGAUGUUCGUGCUGGCGCACGCUCAGCAAGGCGACAUUCAGUGCCGCUGCAGAACACACAUCAGAAACUCGGUCGUCCAGACCGGCGGCCCCCAGCUCUGUGGCCAGAAAGGCGGCAUCCUCAGCAGCAAUAGACAGCUCUGCACCAACCUAUCGCAGAACUUUACCGACACGGACUGCCGCGCAUUCGGCGACUCCUUCUUCGCAACCUGCGGCACAGCGCGCUCGGCGAUCAAGAGGGGCAUCUACAAGCGCGAAGUCACGCCGAUCCAGAAGAGGCCGAGAACGGGAUGGCAGUUUGGUCGGGAGCCUUUGGGCAUCCAAAUUGUUUCCCGUCGUCCGAUCCCCGAUAGAUUCUCACGGAAGUGAGUCUGGAUAUCGGCUGUUCAGUUUGAAAUAAGCGUUUUUUUUUCCUCGUACAUAUAUUGGAUGAAAUGGAACAUUCUCGAGUUCAGUUCGCUAUUCUCUCAAGCUUCUUCUUCAACUUCGUCAGGAAUGCAUUGGCAUCCUACUUAGCCUCUUCCAGGAUGUGC